CAGCAGCUACGAAUAGGUCUAGCCCCCUGACUCUAGCCUGGUACUCGUAAAGCGUCGCUGUUCCGGAAGUCGUUGUGUCACUUGCCGGAAAUCGCCGAAGUGUCUCUACAAUUUCCGAAGGUUGCCGAGUCGGCCAUAUUGAACAGGGGCAAGUUGACACUGCGGUGGGCUGUAAGGCCAAAUAGCUGCGGAACCCCGAAGGGAAGACCGCAGGCACCAUGCUGCUAUUCCCCGCUGUUCGCAGGGCUCUGACAAGUGCCACUAUAAACAAUGUCCGUACAGCAAGCACAGCUUCAAGCAACCUGUUGGAAGUCUUUGUAGAUGGCAAACCAGUAAUGGUUGAUCCUGGCACCACCGUGCUACAGGCAUGUGAGAAGGUGGGCGUACAGAUACCUCGCUUUUGCUAUCAUGAUAGAUUGUCGGUAGCUGGAAAUUGUCGUAUGUGUCUUGUAGAAAUAGAGAAAGUUCCCAAGCCUGUAGCUGCUUGUGCUAUGCCUGUCAUGAAAGGCUGGAACAUACUGACAAAUUCAGAAAAAAGUAGGAAAGCAAGGGAGGGAGUGAUGGAAUUCUUGCUGGCAAACCACCCGCUGGAUUGUCCUAUUUGUGAUCAAGGAGGAGAGUGUGAUUUGCAGGAUCAGUCCAUGAUGUUUGGUAGUGAUAGGAGCAGGUUCACUGAAGGAAAACGCGCAGUGGAGGACAAGAACCUUGGACCCUUAGUGAAAACUAUCAUGACCCGCUGCAUUCAGUGCACCCGUUGUAUUCGGUUUGCUAGUGAGGUUGCUGGUGUGGAUGACCUUGGGACUACAGGCAGAGGAAAUGAAAUUCAAGUUGGCACUUAUGUAGAGAAACUGUUUAUGUCAGAAUUGUCUGGCAACAUAAUAGAUUUGUGCCCUGUUGGAGCAUUAACUUCAAAACCUUAUGCAUUCACUGCACGGCCCUGGGAAACGAGGAAAACUGAAUCCAUUGAUGUCCUGGAUGCUCUGGGUAGUAACAUUGUGGUCAGCACAAGAGGUGGAGAAGUGAUGAGAAUAUUGCCUAAAAUGUGUGAAGAUAUCAAUGAAGAGUGGAUUUCUGAUAAAACCAGAUUUGCUUAUGAUGGUUUGAAGCGUCAAAGACUCACUGAACCCAUGAUCAAGGAUGACAAAGGUUAUCUGGUUCCUGCUUCCUGGGAAGAUGUACUAACUAGGGUGGCUGGAGUGUUGCAAAGUGUCCAGGGCAAAGAUAUAGCAGCUAUUGCUGGAGGGCUGGUAGAUGCAGAGGCUCUAGUUGCUCUCAAAGAUUUGCUGAACCAUCUGAAUUCCAAUACCCUGUGUACUGAAGAAGUUUUUCCUAAUUCUGGAGCUGGCACUGACCUGCGGUCAAAUUACCUGCUGAAUUCAAGGAUCGCUGGUGUCGAAGAAGCUGAUGUUCUACUGCUCAUUGGUACUAAUCCACGAUAUGAAGCUCCACUGUUUAAUACAAGAAUUCGUAAGAGCUGGCUUCACAAUGAACUUCAAGUAGCUGUUAUAGGAAGUCCUGUUGAUCUGACCUACACUUACGAUCAUUUGGGAGACUCUCCUCAGAUAAUCAAGGAUAUUGCAUCUGGAAAACAUCCAUUUAGUAAGGUUCUUAGCCAGGCCAAAAAGCCCAUGGUUGUGGUAGGCAGCAGUGCCCUGCAGCGCAAAGAUGGGGCAGCCAUCCAUGCUGCUGUGUCUACCCUUGCACAAAAUGCCAGGAGCAGUAGUGGGGUCCCUGAGAAUUGGAAAGUACUGAAUAUUCUGCACAGAGUUGCCAGUCAAGUUGCUGCCCUAGAUCUGGGUUAUAAACCAGGGGUGGAAGCCAUACGCAAAAAUCCUCCAAAAGUUCUCUUCCUCCUUGGGGCAGAUGCUGGAUGUAUAACUCGUCAAGACUUGCCAAAAGAUUGCUUCAUUGUCUACCAAGGUCAUCAUGGAGAUGUAGGAGCUCCUAUGGCAGAUGUGAUAUUUCCAGGAGCUGCUUAUACAGAAAAGUCUGCUACCUAUGUCAACACAGAAGGGAGAGCGCAGAUAACAUUCACUGCAGUGAGUCCACCUGGAGCAGCAAGAGAAGACUGGAAAAUCAUCCGUGCCCUGUCAGAGUUAGCUGGUGUAACGCUCCCAUAUGACAACCUUGAUGCUGUAAGGAACAGACUUCAUGAAGUUUCUCCAAAUCUGGUACGACAUGAUGACGUGGAGGAAGCAAAUUAUUUUAAACAGGCAGCGGAGCUCUCACAGAUUGUUAACCAACAGCUCCUUGCUGAUCCACUGGUUGCUCCUCAGCUUUCAAUUAAAGAUUUCUAUAUGACAGAUCCAAUAUCCCGUGCAUCACAGACUAUGGCAAAGUGUGUAAAAGCUGUGACUGAAGGAGCACAAGCUGUAGAAGAACCUUCCAUCUGCUAAACUGUUAUCCAGCAAUAUACUAAGAUUGUUCUUCUCACUAAUGAAUUCGAUCAUAACAUGAAGCAAUCUUACUUACUUACUGUUUGCAAGGACCAAUGUCCAAGCAAUUUAAGAUUUUGGUUUUUCAUCUGUGCUUGUUUUGAAGCAACUUAAGGCAAACUACACAUCCGAAAUCGUGUGUACAAACUACUUGUAAUCUUAUUAAAUGGUUUAUUACAUAUG